ACAUUCGCGUAUGUCGCCUACAUGAUUGUUUUGAUACCAGCAGUUUCUUUUCUGAAAAUAUAUUAACCAUUGGUUUUCGGAAAAUUUAAUCAUAGGAUAGGUUGAUUUUCCUUGUAAUCUACGAACUACAAAUGGUAUCAGAAAAAGAGAGGAACAAAUCAUAUCAAGAUGAGCACCGCGUGGAGGAAUAUUCAAUACGAGUCGUUUGAAAAGGCAAUGGUUGGCCUGAAAGAAAGUAUCAGCGCCAUCCAAGCAAAGCGUCUAAACGUUGUCCUUGUUGGGCACACCGGUGCAGGGAAAUCCUGCUUCAUCAAUUCCAUCUGUUCCAUUUCUCGAGGAAGAAUUGUCAAUGUGGCUUCCACGAGAAACGCAACUUCCGGGGAUGUUGGAACAUACCAGUUAACUCUGAUCAAAUCAAGAAAGGGUGAGCUUCUCCAGAAUGUGUUCUUGUAUGACACCAUGGGAUUCACGGGGACGUUUGAUGAUGACGAAAAGGGGAUAGGCAACGAAGACUUACGGGAUGUUUGUCUUGGUCGACUGAAAAAGGGACACACAUUUGUAAGCAAAGCAGACGGUGGGAAAAGGGACACCAUGAAAGAUACGUCCGCUUACCGUUCGUCUAAUGCAGAGGAGCCAGAAAAUCAAUGUGCGGCAGACAACGAUGCGAGAAAACCACACUGCGUAGUUUUCGUCGUCAGCGCAGAGACACUAACACAGGAUACUGACACAGUCAUUCAGAAGAAACUCCGGAAACUAUACACAUAUGUGCCUCAGGAUGUAGCCAAAAUCGCCGUUAUAACGAAGCUCGACAGAGUUUGCGAUGACGUGCAUAAAGAUAUUAAAAAUAUCUUCACAAGUAAUGAAGUACAGAAAGCAGUAAAACGAGCUGAAGAAGUGUUUGGUCUGCAAGAAAACCAGGUUUUUCCCAUCGUCAACUUCGUGUCAGACAUGGAUGUUGAGAAUGAUAAAGGUGUGCCAAUGUUGUACGCACUGAAGUUUAUUCUCAGUUCCGCACUCGACAGGGCUGAGGAGAGGGAAGAGAGCUCGGACGAAGAUGAUUAAAAGCGUGUGGAAGUUCAUUUUUGUAACGAACAAUAUACCCAUGUAUUAACUGUAGAAUUUGCUAUAUAUAUAAACAAAUCCAAAAGUUUUUUUCGUUCUAAAGUAACUACAUAUAUUUAGCAGGUCAAAGGUGAAAUAGCUUAUGUAACUCUUUUGUACUAAUGUGCUAUUAUCUGUUUCUGCACGUGUGAAAUAUUUCAGAUUUGCUUGUAUUUUUAUGAUGCAAUCCUUGGCUAAAUUUUCAGCGGUGCAUCGUUCCACGAAAUUCCAUAGUUGAAAUUUUGGCCAGGAAUUGCAACAUUAAGAUACAAGCAAAUCGUAAAUAUUUCACACGUGAAGGAGCAGAAAAUAGCAUAGUCUGUUAUAUGCAAAGUUAUAUUUUAUUAAGAAAUUAACACCACUUGUUUGUUUACAUCGGUUGUGACCCGUUGUGACCCAUGUGAGAACCUCUUUAAAUCACGUGAUUACUCACCCUGUAUAUAACGUACGACAAAAGAUGCAUGUAUAUUGAAUUGACUUGAGCCGUUUUACCAUGCUUUAUCAUUCAUUAUACAGUGGGUCAAUACUAAAUUGAUACAAUUGUUAAUAUCAGAUGAUAAGUCUAUUUUUAUAACUGAAAUAAAUCAAUAUAUUCAGUACGUCGUCUACAUGACAACCUUAUGUUUAUUUACUACUGCAUUGGAAUGGCCUAGAGCCGUAUUUAUAAAGCAUCUUAAUAAGAUAAUAUUUUCACCUUCAUGAAAAUUCCGUAAUUUUUGACAACAGUAUUUUUAAAUAUCCUCUAUUUAUACCCAAUUUCUUUAUAGCCAUAUAUUGUUAACACCAUUUUCUUGCUUAUUUUCAUAUGAUUUAUUGUGUUCAAACAUUGUAAGUUUUCUUUAAAUUCAAACAACAUAAGAUGCUUUAUGAAUACGGCUCAUUGAUCCUCAGUGUCUACUUAUUACAACGUUCUAUAAUCCCCAUACAAUUCGUAUGCGGUGUACAUUAUUAAUAGAGGGAAAGACAUAUUUCCAUUUAAUGUGCGUCACUAUUUACGAGAUUAAAAUGUCAAAUCAGAUAAUUGAUUCAGAUAAAAAUAAAUCAUUCAACCAGAUAUAAAGAUGGAUUUCUGGUAGAUGUAAGUAUACGCCGCUGCAUUUAAGGGCCUUCCAUAGUGCAAAAAUGGGUUAAACAUACAACCUUUGCAACAUCAGGGUUUUGUAGUUAUAAUGAGAAAAUAUGGAAAAGUCUGUCGACAAAAUUUGUAUUGCAAUUUACACAACGACAUUUUGUUUCGCAAGUAAACAUUAUUAAAUUUGUUCAAUAAAACACAUCAGAGGUGCUUUAAAAUUAUUAAAUGGUAAAAAAGUGUUCGGUAUAAUAUAAGAAAUAUAACACCCCACUUCGGGCCAUAUGACAUUAUAAGGACCGAACAGUACCCAUCGAAGGUGAAUGGACCUUCGGGGGCUGACUAGCCGGUCCUUAUAAUGUCAUAUGACCCGAAGUGAUGUGUAAUAUUUCUUAAUUAUGCGUCAAAAUGCCCCAGAUCACCUAAUCAAGCAUUAUGUAUGUGUGUUUUUAUUAUAUGUAUUCAAAUAAGAAAGAUAUCAUAUAAAAUAGUGAAAAUGCA